AUGAACAACUCCCAUCGAGGGUUGCCACUUCCAGCUGCUCUUAGCUUGCCGCCUCCAGACCGUGGCCUUUCCACAGCCCCAGCUCCCUUGGGUCAUCUUCCAGCCCCUCCUUCGCAAUGGGCGGGCCAGGACGAUUCCAUGCGGAGUUGGCUUCACGCAAAGGCUGAGGAGGACCGACGAAAGCAAGAGGAGGAGAAGACUCGCCAGGAGGGUUUACGGCUUGACCAACGUCGGAUUGAGCAGACCAUGUUGAGGGAGUCACUGCAGGGUGGGAUCCCGCCCCCCAUGGUUCCCUUGAUCUUUGCCGGCAUGGGAGGAGGCAACCUUCCGGGACAGACCCUCGAGUGGGCACAAACGUACCUUGCAAACCUCAGCAUCCAAAAUCAACAGCAACAGCAGCAGAUUCAAGCCCAACAACAGCAACUUCAGCAGCAGAUCCAUCAGCAGGCACAACCACAGAUGUCGCCCGAUGUGCACCGAGACAACAGAAUGAUUCCUCACAACCCAUAUGGAAGUCAGCCGCAACUUCCCCCCGCACAGUCUGCCCCUUCCUCAGUCACAUCGCAGCCUACACAGUCUGCAAACCUUGGCCGGAAUUCGAUCUCUGGACCUCAACCAUCAACUCUCUCACGAUUAAACACUACGGAAUUCAUCCCAAAUUCUACACCAGGACAGGCUCGUCAACCACUACAUCCUCUACAGCAUCCACAAACAAGUUCUACUGAAGGCUCAUCUGGACCAGGACUAUUUUUCCACCACUGGACACCCCCGACUGCGUCGACUGGUGGAAAUCAACCUCCUACACCUUCUGGCAAGAGUGCUCAAGGUUCGCCCUUCUCCCAGACUGCGGCCUCGCACUUAAGGGCUGACUAUCAGAACUCACCAAAGAAACGAAAGAUCACUGGUGGGCAACCAAUGGGCACCGCACCAACGUCGCAGCCCAAUGACCCCCCACAGGCGUAUUCAUCUCGUUCCUCUCGAGAACGCGAGAUGUCUCCGGGCCAUCGAUACCGUCCCAGACGGCAUUCACGUCAGAGCAGCGACGAGUCUGCCCGCAAUCACGACAGCAGUGGACGCACCAUCGCUCGACCGAGCAGCCGCCAACAACGCAGGGAUGAGCUCAGUGGAGUGGCACCUGACCCAAGAAGGCAACUAACGGGGUCAUCGACCAGUGCAUCGAGCGACGACAAUCCUGUUCGGUAUGAGGGCUUUAAGUCUGAAACGCGGUAA